AUGACAGUCGUUACAGCGAAGGCGGCAAAGGCACAAGAAACACAGCCUCACGCAGCGAUCACUUCCAGAACACUUUGUCCCCGGUCUGACAGGUUGGGAACGAUAUUACAGUCAUCUCGGGAGUGGAUUGAUUAUUUCCCAAGCCAAGUUUAUGUCAAUACUUAUCACCUGAGUAUUACAUUACUGCUUGCCACUCUUGCUACUGUACCAAAGGAAAGACGAGCUAGCAAGACACAUCUCUAUGGAAAUAGAAUCAUUGACUGUACUCCAUCAUCAUGCCGAGUAAGAGCAUAUGUUCAAACCGAUGAAAAAUUGGAUUGCAAGGUAGUUUGUCAAGUGAGAGGCGCCAAAUUCUCAGCCUCAGUCAACCCUCAAGAUUGUGCGAAGGUGUUUGUUCAUCGACACUGUGAGCAAUUUCAAAUAGAUGCUCAAUGUGAAGUUUUCUUGCAACGUGAACAGAUGGAACCCGUGUAA